AUGUCAUUUUUGUCCUCAAUAUUUUGCUGUUCUGUGAGUUCUGACGAAGAGGGCGAAUCUCGAGUUUAUCAAUCACGCAACAACCAGCGUCCUAGAUCUUCAGCAUCUGAACAACACCUGUCGAAAACGCAAUCCAACAUCCAAAAGGCCCUCAGUAAUAGAUCAACAACCCCUUCAGGCCACAACUCACGUUCAACCCCAGAAGUUCUCAACAAGAAGAAAAGCAUGAAGUCAUCACCCGAAAGCAAUAAAACUGAUAAAGACGCUCAGCAUCAUGAGUCGGCUACAACUGCUGCCAAGUCUACUGGUGUUCACGAAUUUACAGAUUCAAAGGACUCAUCUGACAGCUCUAAGGACACCAGUUCUAUGGCUGUUGACGAGGAUGAGGCAACCAUACACAACAACGAGAGUGGAGCGGCCCACGCUGCUCCAAAUGGAACUGCGACUCCUAUAGUCACUUCGACCUCUACUAUUGCAACAGCCGCUCCUGUGAACUCAUCUAGUCCAAUUUCGAACUUGAAUUCAGAUGCAGACAUUCCUAUGAUUGAUGCGGAUCAAAUCUACGAAUCUGAGCUAGACCUUACCACGAUUCAGCCGGGUCAGGUUGUUGCUUCUUCAGGAUGGCUGCUGAACCCACCUAGUGAAAAGAUGAAGAAACGUAAAUGCCUCGUUUUGGACCUUGACGAGACUCUGGUUCAUUCAUCAUUCAAAUACGUCAGACACUCGGAUUUCGUAAUCCCCGUUGAAAUCGAAAACCAAAUUCACAAUGUUUAUGUGAUCAAAAGACCUGGUGUCGAUGAGUUUCUGAAAAUGUGUGGUGAGUUAUUCGAAGUUGUUGUUUUCACCGCAAGUGUUUCUCGCUACGGUGAUCCAUUAUUGGACAUUUUGGACUCCCACAAGUCUAUCCACCACCGUUUAUUUCGCGAGAGCUGUUUCAACUACCAAGGAAACUACAUCAAGAAUUUAUCUCAGAUGGGCAGGCCUUUGGAAGACCUCAUUAUCAUCGAUAACUCCCCGGCUUCCUACAUUUUUCACCCCCAGCACUCAGUGCCAAUCUCAAGUUGGUUUAGCGACACGCAUGAUAGUGAAUUGCGAGACUUGAUACCAUUUUUGGAGGAUCUAUCUAACAAUACCGUCCAAGAUGUUUCUUUGGUGUUGGACAUCAACAUAUAA